UGGAAACUUAUCGAAGCAUUGCAUAAGUUUAGCUCCUGAUUUUUGGUCCCGUAAUUCAGGCGAGAGAUAUUUUGAAGUAUUUAGAUCAGUAUCUAAAUUUGAAAUUCAAAACACUGCGCUGUUUGGUCUUGCAUUGCAUAUUAAUUGGGAGAAGAAGAAAACAUCAGUAAAUAAUUGUAAUGAUGAAUACUGUGGUUAUUCUCGCUGUGUUGUGCGGAAUUAGUGCAGGGUACUCGAUUCCCGCUCAAAAUGCUUAUGCAAACUUUCAACAACCAACGGGCUUCAGGACUGUUCAGCGCACUAUGUAUGGAGUUCACUUCCAGAAUUUCCAGAACGAGCAAUUAAGGAACCAACGUGUGUCUGAUUUUGUUCCUGGAACGCACCAAAAUGAUUGUCACCACAAUGACGUCGAGAACGCUGAUUGGCCUGUUCAGAAUACUAAUGUAGGUUCUGCGGCCGAUGCGUAUCCUUCCGAGCAGUUCCCGGUCGAGGAAGAACCUCAUCAAGAUGUCCCAGCUAUUUACGAAGACGAGUCCGAGGAGCCAAUUGCUGAUGAACCAUUUGCUGCCCCAGCUGUUCCAGCUGUAGUGCCAGCUUCAGUUCCUGAAAAAAAGAAGAAGAAAGUUCCAGUUCAGAUUGACUCGAACGAAGAGGAGGAACAGGUUGCUCAAUCCGGACGUCGUGGUGCUAAAGACUCUACCGGUUCAGGUGCUUUCUUCCCCAUCAACUUUGGCAGCACUAACGGAGGAGCCAUUGCCAUCGCCAAUUCGUACAGCACCGGAAAAGGAGGAUCAGCCACCAGCACUGCUACUGCCUAUGGAAGCCCAGCAACAGCUGAGCUGAGAAGGAAUUCUGCCACUCAGCUAAGAAGAAAGCCUUCCAAACUUCGAAGCCGACAAUAAUUCAUUGGUGUUAGCUUUUUUGGAAUACACAGCAUAAGAAGUGUUUUUCCAUAAUCUUCAUGCUCUAAAAAUUCGUAUUUAGGGUAACAAAAACUGAUAGUUGUAGGUAGCUAAUAUUUAUUGUGUAAAUAGCAAAACCCUUACAUAACUCUAUUCAACCUUUUCUCGAAUAAAUGAAACACUCAGUGUGCAAAAACUUA